CAAGCCUUGAGCUUGCCCUUGAGUUUUGCGAUGUCUUUGCUUCUCCUACAGAGGGAAAAGGCAGACCAUUGGCUUCCAUUCUUUUGGCUUCUAUUGGAGAUGAAAUUGGAGGUCUCAGCCAGUUCUGGAGCUGGAAAGGAGCUGAAUGACAUGGAGGGUUGGAGCAAGGAGGAAUUCCCAGUAGGAACUGAACAGAACAACCUUGAUACGGACUAUCUUGACCCAGAGGUCCAGUGCCAGCAUUUUCGGGAAUUCAGCUACCAGGAGGAUGAAGGGCCCCGAGUGGUCUGUAGCCAACUUCAUCGUCUCUGCCGUCAGUGGCUGAAGCCAGAAAAACACACCAAGGCUGAAAUGCUGGACCUGAUCAUCCUUGAACAGUUCCUGGCUGUCCUGCCACCAGCGAUGAAGAUCUGGGUUAGAGAAUGCAAGCCAGAAUCCACUUCCCAGGCUGUGUCCCUGGCGGAAGGUUUCCUCCUGAGCCAGAGCGUGGAUAAGAAGGAGGAAGAGGAGACGGUGAGAGUUCAUGUCAAUUAUUUUUUUAUAAGUGGCCUAACCAAACAUUUCCACUCUUCUUCCUAA